ACGUCGGUCUUCCGGGUGUUUCCGACAGGGCUUUUUACGCCGUUUUUUUCCGGCUACAUUUUGGUCUUCCGUCUCUUGCCACCUCCCUCGACCUCCCUCACCCUUGCUGGCCCUCCCUUUUCUUGUGUCGCACCUCCCCGGCCGCCGAGCCCGGGAAUUAGAUCGCAAUCCGGAGCCGGAGCCGGGCCUACCCAUUCCGCGCGGGCACUACCUCCUUUGGCUCGGGAGAAAGCUAGGACCGAGCGCGCCGGGCCGUCCCUGCUCCGGCUCUGGAGCUCCUGGGCUGGCGGUGCCGGUAGAUCCUCCUGCUUAGCCUUUCCCGAGGACACUUUUUAGGACCAAACAAGGAAGACUGUCUUGGGACACUGCAUGGGGUUUCAAAGGGUGGUGAAGAACUAAGGUAGAAGAAUACAUGUUUACUCUUAGUGAACAAGAGCAUGUUCCCAAACUCAAUUUUGGGUCGCCCGCCUUUCACUCCAAACCAUCAACAACAUAAUAACUUCUUCACCCUGUCACCAAGUCUUUAUUCACACCAGCAGCUUAUAGAUGCACAGUUCAACUUUCAGAAUACAGACUUGUCUAGAGCUGUAUCAUUACAGCAGUUGACAUAUGGAAAUGUCAGUCCAAUACAGACCUCAACUUCCCCAUUAUUUCGAGGAAGGAAGAGACUAAACGAUGAAAAGAAUCUUCCUCUUGAUGGUAAACGACAACGUUUCCAUUCACCUCACCAAGAGCCAACUAUAGUUAACCACAUAGUGCCUUUAUCAGGUGAAAGAAGAUACUCAAUGCCGCCAUUGUUUCAUACACACUAUGUACCAGAUAUAGUCAGAGGUGUUCCACCUUUUCGAGAAAUACCAUUUUUAGAACCUAGAGAAAUCACACUGCCUGAGGCCAAAGAUAAGUUGAGUCAGCAGAUACUGGAGUUAUUUGAAGCAUGUCAGCAGCAAGUAAGUGAUUUAAAGAAGAAAGAACUCUGUCGAACAGAGCUGCAGAGAGAAAUUCAGCUGAUGUUUCCACAAAGCAGACUUUUUUUAGUUGGGUCCUCUUUAAAUGGAUUUGGUACUCGGAGCAGUGAUGGUGAUUUAUGUCUAGUUGUUAAAGAGGAACCAUGUUUUUUUCAGGUAAAUCAGAAGACUGAAGCACGGCAUAUCCUCACCUUAGUCCAUAAACACUUCUGUACUAGACUUUCUGGUUACAUUGAGAGACCUCAGCUGAUUCGAGCAAAAGUGCCAAUUGUGAAGUUCAGGGAUAAAGUCAGUUGUGUGGAGUUCGACUUGAAUGUAAACAAUAUUGUUGGAAUAAGAAACACAUUCCUUCUCAGAACGUAUGCAUACCUUGAAAAUCGAGUUCGUCCGUUAGUACUGGUGAUUAAGAAGUGGGCGAGUCACCAUGAGAUAAAUGAUGCCAGUCGUGGUACUUUAAGCAGCUAUAGUCUUGUAUUGAUGGUUUUGCACUAUUUACAAACCCUACCUGAACCCAUCCUUCCAUCCAUCCAAAAAAUUUACCCAGAAUCUUUUAGUCCUGCUAUACAGCUGCACCUUGUACAUCAAGCUCCAUGUAAUGUUCCUCCUUACCUCUCAAAGAAUGAAUCAAAUCUUGGGGACCUCUUACUGGGCUUUCUUAAAUAUUAUGCUACAGAAUUUGACUGGAACAGUCAAAUGAUUUCAGUUCGUGAAGCCAAAGCCAUUCCCAGGCCUGAUGGUAUUGAGUGGAAAAAUAAAUACAUCUGUGUAGAAGAACCUUUUGAUGGAACAAAUACAGCCAGAGCUGUGCAUGAAAAGCAGAAGUUUGACAUGAUCAAGGAUCAAUUUUUAAAGUCAUGGCACAGAUUGAAAAACAAACGAGAUUUGAACAGUAUACUACCGUUAAGAACUGCUGUCCUGAAAAGAUAACUGGCCUCUAUUUCUUAAUAAAGAACAGUAGUAACAUCAUAAUGCAUUUUGUUUACCUUCAUCAUGGUUUCUUUUUAAUUGUUCUUCUUGUUUUCAUGUUUUAUUCUUAAGAGGACAUACUUAUAUAUGCAUAUUUUAUUAUGACAUUUCCUAAUAAAACCCUUUGAUUUAAAGAUGUAUUUUUGAAAAUGUUUACAUUGAUGAUUAGUAAUAUUAUGGCAUGAAUUUUCAGGAGAUCAAAUAAAAUAUUUUUUUGAGAAUUAUCAAAUAAAAGUUUUUUGCUAUAACUGAAAUUAAUUGUACCACAUGCUAAUACUGAAGAGAUGUGUGGACUGUUUUGGAAAGGGUCUGAUUUAUACAUACUUAAAGUAUCACCUUCAGUAGAUGGUUUGUUGCCUGAGUCUGUUCUAGUGAAGUGAAGAUUCGAGUCAGUUAUUCAGUUACUUGAAGCAAAAUGAAAUCUUUUAUUUCAGUGAAAUCACUGCAGAGGCAUGAAAUACUGGACAAUUGCCUUAAGUCUUCACUUGACUCAUCAGGAUAGACUGAGGCUUUGUGUCGAUAUUAGCAUUUCAUUAGUACCUCACAUGCUUCUGGUGUACUCGUGAUUCCUUUAAAUUUUGUGUUGAAACAACUACAUUUUGCACUGUAGUAAUAUGAGCACUAACUCUGUAUUGUACAGCAGUUAGGGAAUUGUUAUGAAGAAUCAGUUCAGUGUAGACAUUUUGAAAAGAUUGAAGAAUCAGUUCAGUGUAGACAUUUUGAAAAGAUUAAGCCCUCUGUGCUUUAUGAUAGCUUAGUGCAAUUUGCACUUUUGCUUUACUUCCUGUUUUCCUGCUUUUAUUUUUCCUGUGACAUGAAGCAACAGAAACUGAAAGAUCAAAGUUGAGAUUAUAUCCUAUUGAUAGUAUCAGAGUUUUUUCUGUGUAUAAUUAUAGGACUGUAAUCUAAACUGGAAUUUUUAGGCAGUAAGCCACUAUUAAAUGUUCUAGAUAAGACAUUAUUAUAAAUAAAAGCUUAAUGUUUGUAAAGAUAUCUUUUCCACAAGAAGAAAUAGUGGUGGCUGCUAAAAAAGCUACAGUGUUUAUUAAGGUCGUUUUUGGUUUAUGUAAAUAUUUGUAAAUUGGUCAGUGCCUGUAAAUUUAAAUAUAAAUAAUCUUAAAAACAGUUUUAACUUUUUCAAAAGGACUGUGUACAACUUCUUUUAGACCUGCUGUAGCACAGUUUGUACCUCUAAUGUAUUUGGUUUUUUUGCAGACCAAUUCAAAUGCUAACAAGACUUUUGCUUUUUGACUCAUAAAAGGUGCAUAU